CCUAUUAGUCGGUUUCAGAAAUUUUAAUACCCACGCUCUUUAGUUGAAGCCGGAAUUUUAGUUGGUUUAGUUCGUUUCGAGUAAGCGCCACUAAACACAUAGCAAAAAUGGAAAAAUUUGUGUGCUUUUUAAUGUGCCUAGUUGCUUUCGUCAGCACAGCGUCCGCCCUUAAAUGUUACACAUGCGAAUCGGACAAGUUGGACGGUUGCAUUAAAAGUAGCAACCCCAAAGAUGUACCCUGCGGAAACCCGGCACCAAAUUUCGUUUCAGUUUGUACCUACAAAGUCUUUCAUGACACCGCGAAAAACACCGAUAAAGUACGUGCAGGCUGUGACCAAAUCGCAUCGAACCUACCAAUGACGAAAGACAACAUCCCAGACUGCAAACAACUACAACCAGGCACAGACCUCAAAGAGUGCCGAGUGUGCGACAAAGAUUUGUGUAACUCGUCCUCAGUUUUGGGUACAAGCAUGGUCAGCUUCUUGUGCCUUCCUUUGAUGUACUUAGUCACUAAAUUUGUACUGUCCUAAACGUUCUCAAUUAUUUUUUGAAACAUUUUGCUUUUUGUGUGAGUCUUAAAAGCUAAGGAAAUUAAUAUUAAUUAGAUCCGAUAUAGUAAAUCAAAGUUGUACAUUCUAAUAAAUGAUAGGUUUUUUGUUGGUUUUUCUAGUUUAAAUAAAAGAUUUUUAUAUUGUU